CAAAGAGUUCAGCUUAGGACAGACUGAAGGACAAACGGGGAGGAGAAAGAACUGGUUUGAUAUAAAAAUAAGAGGACAAUAACGAAUACUGAGCACCAUCUACCUGAGGAACAAUGUCGGCCGCCUUAGCCGCUCGCCGGGUGCUUGCUGCUGCGUCACAUUCAGGCAAAGAAGGAGGAGCAAAGACCUGGAAGAUACUGACCAUCGUCUUGGCCUUUCCCGGGGUUAGUGUCUGCAUGGCCAAUGCUUACAUGAAGGCCCAGGCGCACUCACAUGAACAGCUCGAAUUUGUGCCAUAUUCUCACCUGCGUAUCCGCACCAAGAAAUUUCCCUGGGGAGAUGGAAACCACAGUCUGUUCCACAACCCGCACACCAACGCUCUGCCUGACGGCUACGAGAGCUCCCAUCACUGAGAGGAUCGGCUCAGUUUCUCGGCUCUGUCCUGCUGCAUGCUUCAAACUCCAGUCUGCAGUCUACUCGGUUUAAUUAAAACGGCUGAGGGGCCAAGUAGACAGCCAGGAAUAAAACCACUUUGUGCUGUAUUACCAUGAGUGCCAGUUCAUGUUUUAAAUUGGAGAAGUGCUCAAUUUAAUUUAAUCAAUACACAAAAUAUGUGU